AUGCUGCUGGGCGCUCUGGAGUGCUUAGUGCGCUGUUGGGAUCCUCCGGGGCGUCUCCGAGGUUGUCGGAUGGGUCCUGGGCUAGGUGGGCUUCUGGGUCGUUCCAAGGGCUUCUGGGCGCUCUGGAAUGCUCAGUGGGCUGGUGGGAUGCUCCGAAGUGUCUCCAAGGUUGUCGGAGGAGUCCUGGGGGCGCUAGGUGGGCUCCUGGGUUGUUCCGAGGGCUUCGGCGAUGCUCUGGGGUCCACGAUGGAGCUCUGGACGGUCUGGGGUCUUCAGGCGACUUCCGGGGCGGUCCGAUGA